UUGGCAUAAACCUAAUCAGAAACGGGGGGCAUUGGAAAACGUUGGAAAGAAUUAUAAUAUAAUGCAUCAGAAUAUAACAUGUAAGAAUAACACACACACACUGUAUUCUCUUUUCUCUCUGUGUUUGUGUUACUGCAAGUAAAUGGCAAGAGCAGCUUGCAAUCACCUUCACUUGGUUCCCAGUUUAUUUCAUCCUUUGAAGUCACCCCUCUUCACAAAUCACACCCUUUCCACCUCACGCACUUGCUUAUAUGGGAUUCAGCGAAGGUUCUCUGCUUCUUCAUCAAAAAUAAGCAUGAGCCUCAGGGCUGGUAUCGUAGGCCUUCCCAACGUUGGCAAGUCCACUCUCUUCAAUGCCGUCGUGGAAAAUGGAAAGGCUCAAGCUGCUAAUUUUCCAUUUUGUACAAUAGAGCCAAAUGUAGGGAUUGUUGCUGUUCCAGAUUCUCGUCUCCAUGUGCUAUCAGAUCUCAGCAAAUCUCAACGAGCAGUUCCAGCAUCAAUAGAAUUUGUAGAUAUUGCUGGGCUUGUCAAGGGUGCAAGUCAAGGCGAGGGGUUGGGUAAUAAGUUUUUGUCACAUAUUCGUGAGGUGGACUCCAUACUUCAGGUUGUACGGUGUUUUGAAGACAAUGACAUUGUUCACGUGAACGGGAAAGUUGACCCCAAGUCUGAUAUUGACGUUAUCAAUUUGGAGCUUGUUUUCUCAGAUUUGGACCAGAUUGAUAAAAGAAUGGAUAAACUAAAGAAAGGCAAGGCAAGGGAUUCACAAUCUAAACUCAAGGAAGAGGCAGAAAAGACUGCAUUGGAAAAGAUUCAGGAGGCGCUUAUGGAUGGAAAACCUGCCCGAUCGGUGAUCUUAACAGAUUUUGAAAGGGAUGCUGUGAAGCAUCUCUGCUUGCUCACCAUGAAACCUGUUAUAUAUGUGGCAAAUGUUGCAGAAUCUGAUGUAGCUGAUCCUGCAAACAAUAAUUAUGUCAAGGAUGUUACGAAUGUUGCAUCUGAGUUGCAGUCUGGAAUUGUAACAAUUUCAGCACAGGUUGAGGCAGAGCUUACUGAACUACCAACUGAAGAACGACAAGAAUAUUUGCAAUCUCUUGGUGUUAGUGAAAGUGGUCUUGGUAACCUAAUUAGAGCAACUUAUGAACUUUUGGGGCUGCGAACUUACUUUACUUCUGGUGAGAAGGAGACAAAAGCAUGGACUAUAAUUGCAGGAAUGACUGCACCACAAGCUGCUGGAGUUAUUCACUCUGACUUUGAGAAGGGUUUCAUUCGAGCAGAGACAGUGUCUUAUGAUGAUUUUGUGUCUGCUGGUUCACUUGCUGCGGCACGAGAGAAAGGACUGUUAAGGUCCGAAGGUAAAGACUAUGUUGUACAAGAAGGAGAUGUAAUGUUGUUUCGGUUCAAUGUUUAGCAGAAUUUACUGCUUCAAACUGGGAGUCAGUGGAGAAGUUGAGAUAUAUUUAUGACUAAGGGCUAAAAAAUUCAUUGCUUAUUAUAGUUUGGAUAAGCAUUGUUUUGUUUGUAGUGUGACAAAUGCUCCCAGUUUGGAGUAAGUGGUGAAGUUGAGACAUAAUUUAUAACUACAGGUCAGAAAUUUUUGACAUAAUUGAUGACUAAGGUUAGUUAUUUAUUUAUUUUCCAGCCAAUUGCUGGUUAUAAUUUGGAGA